AUGCACCUUCUACUUACAGGCUCCCCCCAAGAAACAAAUUGCAGCCAGCCUGCAGAGGGUUCAGGAGCUCAGCUGGGCAAAGGAGGAAGGUCCUCCACUUUGGACAGCACCCCCCCUCGGCCCUCCAUUUCCUGCCUCUCUAGGAACGAGAGCUCUGUCCCCUUAACCAUUCGAGGGCCAAAGUGUGCUUGUGUGCCUCUCUCUCUUGCCUGUUUGGGUUGUUUUAUAGCAAUUUGGGUAUUAAAAUGCACGCAAAGGGGCUGGGGGUUCGUGGCCUCUGCUGUUGCACCCGUUUCUUUCCUUAACCAGGAGGAGCAGGAGGAGGUGGCUGGUGAGAAGGAGGGAAGAAUGAGGGGUCCAGAUGGAGGAAGAAGGGAAGAAAGGAGGAGAGAAGCCCAGCUGAAUCCUCCAGGGAGAUUUGGAGCAGUCUCUCGGCCAGAUCGGAUUCUUAGAGGAGUUUGGGUGAGUAAACCUCAAAGUGCAGCCUGGAUAGCUCUCUUGGUCAGAGCCUGGUGCUGAUAAUGCCAAGGUUGCAGGUUCAAGCCCCACAUUGGCCAAAAGAUUCCUGCACUGCAAGGGGGUUGAGCUAGAUGACCGCAGGGUCCCUUUUCGCUCUACGAUUCUAUGAUUAGAAGUCUAUUCAGAUGUAAGUCCCAGUGAGUGUAGUGGGACUGAUUCCCAGGUAAGUGGAUGAACUUCGCAGGGUUGGGGAACCUGCGAUGCUCCCUGAUAGGACUGGACUACAACUCUCAUCAUCCUUGCCCUCUGGCCAUGCUGGCUGGGACUGAUGGGUGUUGGAGUCUAACAAAAAUCUGGAAGGCCACAAGUUUUCACCACCAGCACCUCUGGGGUAGAGAAAUGUAGGGGGAAGCUGUGGCGUUCCUCUAGUGGUUGCAGGACUUCCUGUAUGGCCAAUGGGCCAGGGAUGAUGGGAGUCCACCAACAUCGGGAGGGACGGAGGUUACAGAAUCAUAGAACUGUUGAGUUUUGAAGGGGUCCCGAGGGUCAUCUAGUCUAACCCCCUGCAAUGCAGAACUAUUUUGCCCAACGUGGGCCUUGAACCCACAACCCUGAGACUAAGGUUUUCAUUCUCUGCCAACAGUUUCUCCACCUUUGUUGUGUAGGAGGGCAGCCUUCAGCCCCACCUGCACUAUACAUUUAGAGCCAUAUCAUGUCACUUUAAGGGACAUGGGUGGCGCUGUGGGAUAAACCACAGAGCCUAGGGCUUGCCGAUCAGAAGGCCGGCGGUUCGAAUCCCUGCGACGGGUGAGCUCCCGUUGCUCGGUCCCUGCUCCUGCCAACCUAGCAGUUCGAAAGCACGUCAAAGUGCAAGUAGAUAAAUAGGUAGCGCUCCGGCGGGAAGGUAAACGGCAUUUCCGUGAGCUGCUCUGGUUUGCCAGAAGUGGCUUAGUCAUGACCUGGAAGCUGUAUGCCGGCUCCCUCGGCCAAUAAAGCGAGAUGAGCGCCGCAACCCCAGAGUCGGUCACGACUGGACCUAACGGUCAGGGGUCCCUUUACCUUUACCUUUUACAUGUCACUUUAAACAGCCACGGCUUCCCUGUAAAGGAUCCUGGGAACCGUAGUCUGUUAAGGGUGCUGAGUGUUGUUAGGAGAUUCCUGUUUUCUCUCACAGAACUAAACUUCCCAAAGUCCUGAUCAGAAUCCUGCCUGUAAGAUCAAUCAGCGUUCUGGGAGAAACAAGCAGAGCCUUCUUGCUGGUAGCUCCACUCUUACAAAACAACCUCCAAAGUGAUACGCAUAUGAUCCUAUCAGUAUAGACCAGACUUUUUGUCCCUCCAAGUGUUGCUGAACUGCGUCUCCAGCUAAUAUGGCCUGUAUUCAAGGCUGAUGGGAGUUGUAGUCCAACAACACCAAGUGAGCCAAAGCUUUUAAGUGGACUUUGAAUACCUACAUAUUGAAGGCGGCUUUUUCUUUUAAAAAAAUUAACAUGUAGUGCUGCUGUUGAUUUGAAAUUUGUUUUUAGACUGCUUUGUCUUAUUUUAGACUGUUUAUAUUAUUUCUAUUUUAUAUUCUGUUAUUUAUCUUCAUAUUAUUUUUAUUCUUUUAGGCUGUUUAUAUUAGGGCCAUUUAUAUUAUUUUAGGCUGCUAUUUUAAGUUCCGCUUUUAUAUCACACAACACUUCUGUGACUUCACGCUGUGGAAUGGCAUAUAAAUUUGCUAAAUAUGCUAAAUGUGCUUUGGUGUUUUACAGCUGGUUUUCCUGCAAGCUCCCUUGGGUGGGCUUUGCCCUAAAAUGGAACCUAUAUUAUUAUUAUUAUUAUUAUUAUUAUUAUUACUACUACUACUAUUAUUAUUAAGACUGAUGAGGGCUUAGUGCUAGACUUUGCCCAACAUGACACUGAGUUCAAUUUUCUGCUCAUUCAUAUGACAUACCUAGACAGCAUCUUAAAAAGCAGAGUCAUCACCUUGCCAACAAAGGUCCGUAUAGUUAAAGCUAUGGUUUUCCCAGUAGUGAUGUAUGGAAAUGAGAGCUGGACCAUAAAGAAGGCUGUUCGCCGAAGAAUUGACGCUUUUGAAUUAUGGUGCUGGAGGAGACUCUUGAGAGUCCCAUGGAGUGCAAGAAGAUCACACCUAUUUAUUCUGAAGGAAAUCAGCCCUGAGUGCUUACUGGAAGGACAGAUCCUGAAGCUGAGGCUCCAAUACUUUGGCCACCUUAUGAGAAGAGAAGAUUCCCUGAAAAAGACCCUGAUGUUGGGAAAGAUGGAGGGCACAAGGAGAAGGGGACGAGAGAGGACGAGAUGGUUGGACAGUGUUCUUGAAGCUACCAGCAUGAGUUUGACGAAACUGUGGGAGGCAGUGGAAGACAGAAGUGCCUGGCGUGCUCUGGUCCAUGUGGUCACGAAGAGUCGGACACGACUAAACAACUAAACAACAACAUAGUUACCUGACUAGGCUUGGGCUAGUCACUUUCUAUAGGCCUCAGUUUUUUCAUAGAAUUGUUAUUGGGAAUAGAAUUUGCAGAGUAAGGGACUCCUGCAACGUUGCCCAGAACUCCUUAGAGCAGGGGUGAUGGAACCUGUGGUCCUCAAGAUGUUGCUGGACUACAGUUCCCAUAAUCCAUGACCAUUGACCUUGCUGUCUGGGACUGAUGUGAGUUGGAGUCCCACAUACACCUGGAGGUGACAGAAGCAUGAUGAGAUUUUGCAGUCCAUAUAUACAUGCACAUUUAUUUAUUAAGAAUUAAUUGCAUUUUGACUCCACCCUUCCUGAUGGGCAGCUCUUCACUUUACGUUUAUCUUCACAACAACCCUGUGGGGUCGGCUGGGUUGAGAAGUAAACUGGUGCAAAGUACAGGGGUCAUUAACUGUUCUGAGAAUAAAUAAUAGAUUUUGGGUACAAUAUCAAGUACGAAGUGUAGGUGAGAUGGUGGAACGAGAGUCUAAAAUUUACAGCAUGUGCCACCUUGAAAGAGAAUAUAAGGAAAACGAUGUACCGAUGGUACUUGACACCUACGAAAUGGGCAAAGAUGUAUAGGAUGAGUAGUAAAUUAUGUUGGGAAUGUAAAGAGAAGGAUGGCGAUUUUUAUCACAUGUGGUGGUCAUGUGAGAAAACAAAAUCAUUUUGGGAACUGAUUUGCAACGAAUUGAAAAAGAUGCUUAAAUAUACCUUCCCAAAAAAGUCAGAAGCCUUUUUUGCUGGGCUUGAUGGGAGAGGAUGAGGAGAUUUCACCCCUCCCAUAUCCAAGAAUCUCCUGAGAAUGCAAUUCUGGGCUGCAUCAAUAGGAGUAUAGCAACUAGAUCAAGGGAAGUAAUAGUGCCACUGUAUUCUGCUCUGGUCAGACCUCACCUGGAGUACUGUGUCCAGUUCUGGGCACCACAGUUCAAGAAGGACAUUGACAAACUGGAACGUGUCCAGAGGAGGGCAACCAAAAUGGUCAAAGGCCUGGAAACGAUGCCUUAUGAGGAACGGCUAAGGAGCUGGGCAUGUUUAGCCUGGAGAAGAGGAGGUUAAGGGGUGAUAUGAUAGCCAUGUUCAAAUAUAUAAAAGGAUGUCAUAUAGAGGAGGGAGAAAGGUUGUUUUCUGCUGCUCCAGAGAAGCGGACACGGAGCAAUGGAUCCAAACUACAAGAAAGAAGAUUCCACCUAAACAUUAGGAAGAACUUCCUGACAGUAAGAGCUGUUCGACAGUGGAAUUUGCUGCCAAGGAGUGUGGUGGAGUCUCCUUCUUUGGAGGUCUUUAAGCAGAGGCUUGACAACCAUAUGUCAGGAGUGCUCUGAUGGUGUUUCCUGCUUGGCAGGGGGUUGGACUCGAUGGCCCUUGUAGUCUCUUCCAACUCUAUGAUUCUAUGAUUCUAUGAUUAAGUCCGCUGAUUCUCCAGAGAGCAGGAGGCGUGUUCUGCUCUCUACUUAUUCUGCUCCAGCACCAAGUCAGUCAGUCAGUGUUGGGGAGAGAGAGAGAGAGAGAGAGAGAGAGAGAGACUGAGUGUUAGAGAUCAUGUGUAGAGAUAAGGUUGCUGCUAAGAGCAGCUGCAGACACUCAGUGCAGUGCAGCAUUCAUUUAUGCUUAGACCCAUUUAGCUCUGUAUAUAGUUGUAUAAUAGUUGCAGUUAUAGAAUAAAGAAGAUAUUCUAUAGAGCUGCUCUCCGAGUUGUUUAUAUACUCUGCUAGACUCUGCUGUACUCUGCUGUGCGACGACUGUCUUCUUGUUGGAGUGAAUCCGGUGCUCACAACUCCAAGCUGUGAGUCCACAGCACUUUGACCUGUUCCUGUGCAGAAGGUGGUCUCUGGAAGUGCUACCCAGCUCGCCUAGCCCAGUCGGGGCUGAAGUGGAUGAGUCCAGUUGGUGGCACUGGCUCAAGGGCAAUGCUGACAGAGGAAACUGAAAAAGCGGAUCAAAGGUUAUUUAUGUAUGCAACGACUGCUGCUAGAACUUUGUUUGCCCAAAAAUGGAAAGUACAGUACAGGAAUUACCAAUGGUGGAGGAGUGGCAGACGAGAAUGGUGGAUUAUGCAGAACUAGCAAAACUAACCUGCAGGAUCCAAAACCAAAAUUCCAAAGGGAUUGGAGUAAAUUCAUGGACUAUAUAAAUAAUAACUGUAGAAAUCUGAAGACACUAGCAGGACUGAAAUAAAUCUUACGACGUGGACUUGACAAAAUAAGAAGAAACUGCGGGAAGUAGACUGAAAACGAAAACCUGAUGGAGGGAGGGAGGGAAGUCAUGGCUCGGCAGAGUGAUGGAUAAGGAAGUGUGUGGAUGACUGUUGAAAUUUAUUGUACUUUGUUUGUAUUUUGUUUGUUUAAAAUGGAAAAUCAAUGGGGGGGGGGAGAGAGAAUAAUAAACUCUCGUAUUUUUUGCUCUAUAAGACUCACUUUUUCCCUCCUAAAAAGUAAGGGGAAAUGUGUGUGCGUCUUAUGGAGCGAAUGCAGGCUGCGCAGCUAUCCCAGAAGCCAGAACAGCAAGAGGGAUUGCUGCUUUCACUGCACAGCGAUCCCUCUUGCUGUUCUGGCUUCUGAGAUUCAGAAUAUUUUUUUCCUUGUUUUCCUCCUCCAAAAACUAGAUGCGUCUUGUGGUCUGGUGCGUCUUAUAGUGCGAAAAAUACGGUAUUCUGUCCUUUGAUACCUGAGGUGCAUAGCUUCAUAUAGUGUUCCAGUGGUUUUCAAAGGCUGUGGCAGGAGAGGAUGGCAAGGAUGGCAGGAAGAUGCAAGGCCUAUCAAUAUUUUACAUUGUACUUCCAAUCUACUCAAUUGCAUUCUCUUUCCAUUUCUAUUACUUUCUUUCACACACUAUUAAACCAACUUUCUACUUCUUUUUCUGUUACACAUUCUGUUACGCACAGGGUGGGGGUGAGGGGCGGUGGUGGGACUGAGUGUGGGUAUGUAUGAAUAUUUUUAAAGAUUGUCUGAAAUGAAUGUUUGUUUGGUUGGUUGGCUGGCCUCUGUUAUUUUCUCCUACCAAUAGGGAACCUAUGUAAGGACUCUUGGAUACCCCAUAAGGGGAAAAGGGCAGAUUUUGUUUACAACAGUUUGUAUAUCCGUAAUAUGUAUGUAUAAAUGUAUUAAUGGGGGGGUCUACAUUGGGAAGGAGCAGCGCUUUUACGUAGCUGCUUUGUUUUAUACUGCCUGGAUAUCCUCUGGUGAUAUUAUAUGGUAGCUGUGUUUUAUGUUAUGAAUCAAGCACAGCUAGGAGUUGUUUUGUUUCCCAGUGUAUUUCUUAUCAGUAAAAUAUUUGGUGUAAUGCAAGGAAAUGUUUAUUUUGAAUGUGAAGCUCGGGGGGGGUGUCGUCUACAAACAACAGGUCCCCACGAUUCCCCCAAUUUUUUAAUUGAUUUUCACAAAAUUAUAAACCAACAAACAAAUAAACUAACAUAAAUCAUAACCUUAUUAAAACUAAUCUUAUUAACAUUGUUAAGUGACUUCCUCAUAUCCCCCUAGUUGAAUUUCAAUGUAUAUCAUUUUAACGGUUUUCCAAAUUCUUAUAUAAUUAACUUAAUCACUUAACAUGUUUCUUUCUUAUUCAUUCAGCGUUAAACAUAUUAAUCCAUCAUUUUACAUAUUUAAAGCCUAAGCCUAUCUGGCUAUUGCAAGCUUUUUCCAAUUAAUUUAACUUAACGUAUUUAACUAAAUAGCCAUUAAAUUUCAUCCAUUCUUCCUGGUACUCCUCCUUCUGGUCACGGUCAGGUCGGGCUUUGAAAGCUCUUUAUGGCUCUUUGGCUUAUAAAGCACCUUUGAAACACAUCCUUCCCUCUGAAAGAAUUCUGGGCCCUGUAGUUUUACCCUGGGCGGAGCCACCAUUCCCAGAAAACUACAGCUCCCAGAAUUCUUUGAGAGGGAAACAGCAAUUUGGUAACUGCUUUAAAGGGACAGUGUGCGGGCACUGUCUUUUCUGUAUGGUGUGUUUGCAGGAAAACAGAGCUGUCCUUAGAGUACCCAGAUGUGUGUGUGUGUGUGUGUGUGUGUGUGCAUGUGCAUCAGACUAGCCCUCAAAGUGUUGUGAUGUGUUUGCUUGUCUGUGUGUGUUUUGCCUUUGCAAUACAUCUGAAAUGCUUCUCUAAGGGUUAAGCUGACCGAGUCUCUAUUCCUAGGAUACCUUUGAGGAAGGAGGGUUGUAAACUGCUUUAAGUCACUUCCUGCUUUUCAUCUCUCUCUCUCUCUCUCUCUCUCUCUCUCCCCAAAAAACCCUCCCCCAGCCACUGUGGGUAAGAUCCAGGCGGUGA